UCAUUUAUCAGAUUCAGAAACAAAGAAAGAGAAAGAGAGAGAGAGAGAUACAAUGGCAGGACUCAUGAACAAGAUCGGAGAUGCGCUCCACAUCGGAGGAGGAGGAGACGACGAGAAGCACCACAAGAAAGAGGGCGAGGAGCACCACAAGAAAGGGGACGAGCACUGCAAGGGCAAGGACGACGACCACAAGAAACACAGUAAGGACGACGAGCAUGAUCACCACAGUGGCAAGAGCAAGGACCACGACGACGAUCACCACAAGGACGACAAAAAGAAGAAGAAGAAGAGCAAGGACAAGAAGAAGGACGACGGCCACAGCAGCAGCAGCGACAGCGAUUGAUUCAUGCUCCUGAUCCAUCGGGUGUUCUGGGUUGUGUUUAUGUCGUCAACUUUAUAUUUCAAGAAGAACCCAAAAGUCCUUCUUUUGAUUUCCUAAAGAUAAGAGCAGGAGGAAAUGACGGAGUUAUCAAUUUUCUAGAUGCUUUCUUAAGAGCAAAAGAACAUUAAUUUUGCUUGUUAAUUUUUGUGUGCUAUUUCGGAAAUAGUAUUUUCUCCUGUUAAAUCAUUUAGACAAUAAUUAGUGACCCAAUGUCACGACCAAUAAGUUUAAUCGGCAACAAGCACUAACAAACCUUCAUUACA